AUGAUGUCUGUGUCUUCAGAAGAUGAGCCUCAACUUGUGGAAGAACCGACUCCCACUAAAAAUAAAAGGCCUGCUCCAACGGGAAAGGCAAGUAAAGCCAAGAAGGCGAAAUCAUCAGCAGCCAUCAAAGCAGAGUGGGUAAAAGGGAAUAUCGCACAUCGUCUUUGUACUCGCACCCAAGGGAAGGUUGCUGCUCCUGUUACCACUGCAGAGGGCAGUGGGGAGUCAGAUUCAGGAGUCCCCCCGGCUGGAACCACUAAGCCCUCUAAACAGAACCAUGCAAAGCCGGCAGUUUCUCAUAUCUCUGACGACACUGACGAUCCGGUUCCACCAUUCCUUCUCCGUUACGAAGCACAUCGAAAGGUUAUCCUGAACCGUGACCAGAGGUACCCUGAAUUCAAGAAAAACUAUGUGUCUCCGCACAACAAAAAGUUUGUUUCUGUGGCGGCGGAAGAAAGGCAUGGAGAUGGUGUGAUGGGCAAGGACAAUAACAGCACUUCAAAGGCAAGACCCAAUGUUCAAAAGGAAAAGGAAACUGUCCCGGACUCUGAUGAAGAAUUCUAA